AUGUCUUCCUUCAAUAUUGUCGUUCUCGGCGGAGACGGCGUUGGACCUGAGGUCAUUUCAGAAGCGAUAAAGAUUCUCAGGGUUGUCGAGAAGAACACGGACGUCAAGUUCAACUUCCAGGAGCACCUUUUUGGAGGCUGCUCGAUAGACGCUCACAACAACCCGCUGACAGACGAGGCUCUCGCUGCAGCGAAGGCAGCGGAUGCGAUCAUCCUCGGCGCUGUCGGAGGGCCGAAAUGGGGAACCGGAAAGGUACGCCCUGAGCAAGGCAUCCUGAGACUUCGGAAAGAACUCGGUACCUUCGGAAACCUGCGGCCCUGCUUCUUCGCCUCCGAAUCCCUCGUCGAAGCGUCCCCUUUAAAAGCCGACAUCGUCCGAGGCACAAAUUUCAACAUCGUCCGUGAACUCACGGGAGGCAUAUACUUCGGCGAGAGGAAAGAGGAUGAAGGUGAUGGCAAGGCCAUGGACACCGAACCAUACAGCGUGGAGGAAAUCGAGCGCGUCGUACGGUUAGCAGGCAACCUAGCAUCCGUGGAAGAUCCUCCUGUUCCUGUGUGGAGUCUGGAUAAAGCGAACGUUCUCGCGACGUCGCGGUUAUGGCGGAAAACGUUCGAGCGCAUCAUGAAGGAGGAGUACCCACACCUCAAAUCCGGCACCCACCUCAUCGAUUCGGCCGCUAUGCUCAUGAUAAAGAAUCCUACAGCUUUGAACGGCGUCGUGGUGACGAGCAAUUUGUUCGGCGACAUCAUCAGCGAUGAGGCGAGUGUGAUCCCGGGCAGUCUUGGUUUGCUUCCUAGCGCGAGUCUGGGAGGAAUUCCGGACGGCAAGACGAAGAUCAAUGGUAUCUACGAGCCGAUUCAUGGAUCUGCCCCCGAUAUCGCAGGUCAAGGCGUAGUCAACCCUGUGGCGACGAUUCUCUCCAUGAGCAUGAUGUUCAAGUACUCGCUCUGUCUCCCAGAUGUAGCGCAGAAGAUCGACCAAGCGACGAAGAUUGUAAUCGACAAGGGCAUCCGAACGAAAGACAUUGGCGGCACAGCGAAGACAGCUGAAGUGGGCGAUGCGGUAGCGGCUGAGCUGGAUAACCUUCUGAAGGCAUAG